AUGUUUACCUUGCAUCUGCACAGACCAGUGGACACAUCCAGUUGUAUCUUCAGUGCGUGGGAGUCCCUGUUGAUGGAGACGGAGCUCGACGCCCAGGUAAAUACACGUUGUGCCAACUGGCAAUGUUUCCUGCCUUUGAGAUAGCCGAACCUGUAUGCCAUAUGUGUUUAGGCCAACCUGCAUAUCAUAUGGGAAAGUUAAAUCUGCAUAUCGUAUGGGAAAGUCAAACCUGCAUAUGGGCUAUUCCAGUGGUCGGCAAAUCGUGGGUCGCGAGCCGCUUGCAGCUCUUUAUGCCACUUAAGUUUGAUUGGCCAGUCGGCCAAAAAUCUGUUUUGACGCCCAAAAACAUGGUUCUUGAAAAGAAAUUUGGCUCCAAUUUUUUUUUUUAAAUCGUCCUGCUGCUGAUUUUUGGCUCUUUUGACUAAUGAAUUUGCCGAUCACUGGGCUGUUCAAACCUGCAUAUCAUAUGGGCUAUUCAAACCUGUAUAUCAUAUGGGCUAUUCAAACAAGAUCAUUAUUCGAAUAAAUUAUCUGUUUCCAUGCGUUAGAUUUGACAGAGAUGAUCUAGGAUAUUUCGUAGUUAGUUCUAGUCAUUAAUUUAGUCAGUGAAAACAAUAGUAAUCAAAAGUAUCUUCUCUCAGGCUCACAUGGACGCCGCUGGGCUGCUAGUGAAGAAUGUGUAUCGGCCCCUACAGGAAGUGGCGUCACACAAGAACAGACAAGCGGACAUGCUGUCGUCCUUCAGGGAAAACUUCGAAUCAGUUCUCAGCGAGGCCGUAAGGGAAGUAAGCCAGGUGCGUUGAAAUCCGACCCAGAUGAGUUUUUACAUUAAACAUUGUUUCAGUUGUAUUUCCACUUUAAAAAAAAAGUUGUCAAUUUCUUAUUGCUGUUGUUUUAAUUUAAUUGUUAGAUCUAUUUAAGGAGAUUGAAACACCUUUAACAGUAUUCAGAGAGCCCAGGACAAACUCAACUAAAUUUAAAAUAUAAACUACAAUAUAAUCUUAAAAUCAAUUUUUUACUUUGAAAAUUAAUGUAUUUCCUUUCUUAGAAUAACAUUAAACUCUCUUGUUUAAUAUGAAAGAGUCUUAGUUUUAAAGUGUAAAAAAAAGAAAAAUAUACAAUAACAAAAUCUUAUUUUCUAAGCCAUUUUCAAACAACUAACACUUGAUUAAUGUUCAUAAAAGCACUUACAAUGCUUGCAAAGCAAAGCAAAAUAAAAAAAAACGCUUUAUCGUGGGGCAGGGGGUCCCAAACUCAAAUUUUCCGUAGGCCACAGGAGGUAGUCUGAGUGAGACUGGGCAGCAUCAUGUAUCCCCCCCCCCCCCCCAAAAAAAAAAAAGUCAAUAAAGAUCAAAAUUUCCUGAAAACAAAUUAAAAAUAUUAAAGGUUCUCAAAAACUAGGCUUCACUUCCUUCCUCCCACUCCGUGUUGCCGGAGACUUCCUUCCUCCUACUCCUUGUUGCCGGAGACCUGGCAGUGCUUCUUCUUAUACAACUGAGCAACUAUUUGUCUUGAGUGAUGAAGCAACUGAGACCCUCAGUAUAGCUUGAAGGUGCUCAACAGUAAGUUUGGCCCUGAACUUUGAUUUGAUCCGCUUGAACAACUUGGAAAUCUCAGGGACGUUCGAGGGAAUUUCUCUCAUACCCUGUCCAAGUUUGCCUGUUUUUCCAUUGACUUAAACUCUCUGAACUCAGCCUUCAGUCCAGGCUUGCACUAAAGAUCAAUCAGCUCCAUUUGAAUGAAUCCAAAAAAAAAAAGGGGGUUGACAUGAGGCAUCUUCCUCAUUCAGGGAUAAAGGUUCAGCAAAAUUUAGAAUAGUUUCUGUGUGUUUUUUAAGUCUGCAAACUUGUGUCCAAAUUCAAUCUUUGGCCGCCAUGUUUGUCUCAUGAAAUGCUAUAAAACAAUAACUUUUUGUCCGAUUUGUUUAAAACAUCUUUCGCCAUUACAAUCAACGUCUCUACAAACAUAGUAAAAAUUACAGUUCGACCAGUCGGUGAGAUUCGACUGAAACCGUCACAUUUUUUAUUUUUUUUUGCUGGCAUCCGUCCGUCACAAUGUGACGAUGGAGUUGGGCUUCGUAGGACGAAAUCCACAUAGCCUGGGAUUAUUAUACUUGAAGGAUUAUAAGCUGGUUCCCACAGCCACAUAAAUCGCCUCUCUCCACGCCGCUGGGUAACCCAAGGGAACAUCAUUGGAUGAUACAGGAGUUGUCGGAAUGUUUCAUUGUAUCAAUGUUAUCCGCCUUUCGGGACUCCAUCUCCGGGUUUGAUUUCAGAGUUUCCUUCUCUUAGGUGAGUUGCCGUCCAAGGUUAACGAGUCCCAUCUACCCGGGGUGCUGGUGGUGUUUUUGCUCUAGCUGGAAUUGAACUCCAGACCACCAACUUGAGAUUUGCUCAGUUUUAGACCACUCGGCCACCAACCGUCACAUUAAAGAUGUUUGAAUGGGGGGACGCGCGGGCCGCAUUAACAUUGAACUUUGCUGUCAGGUGUCGAGCCGUAAAAUCGAUUUGUUAUCCUUAAAGACCUCGAAACGAGCAAUGCCCAUAAAGUUCGUUAUUCAAUAAAACGGGGAUAAUGUGGCUUCUGGGAGAAGAUCUCCUCAACGUUCUUUUUCUUUUAUUUUUUUUAAAAUUAUCAUUAUUAUUUGUGUUUUUUUUUAAACACAUAUAUAUCAUUAAUGGUUAAAAUUGUUUUUGUUUUUUUAAAUUAUGGAGAUUUAGGGAUUUAGAAAUCUCAAAUAUUGUCAUUAUCUUUUAUAAAUAAUUUUGGAAAUUCAAGUCCACCGGAAAACUACAAACACAUGGGGGAAAUAAUUCAAAACAAGGUCUCAUUCUGAGCUGUUAGUUUUAUUGGUGUAGGGGAGUUUCACGGAGAUGUACUGCAAGUGGGAGCAUGUCGUCUCUAUGCAAUAAAACAGCCAAUGACUCAUCAACCCUCUUAGGUUAUAUUUUGUCUCCUGGUUUUGUGGUCGAUUUUGCAUCUCACCAAUGAGAGCCAAAAGGUCAAAUUUGACAGUUUGUCCGGAUAAAGUUUUCGAACAAGGUCUCUGUGUCCACUAGUUUUGUUGUUUCUGUUUUCUUCUUUUAAAAAAAUAAUAAAAUAAAGUCCACACACUCGAUAGGUGGGUCGAUGAGUGGGUCGAUGGGUGGGUCGAUGGGUGGGUCGAUGGGUGGGUGAUAUUAUCGCAUGUCUGGUAUUCGGAGUUGAUGUUAAAACUUGGUUCAUAGUGUCACUGUGGGCGCGUAUUUCGAAUAUUUCUAAAAGAUAUCCUUUUCACUCCUUAGUCGAUGACCCUUUAAAAGUAUUUAGAAAUGCUAAAAUUGCGCAUUUUUUUUGUGUAGGUCUAUCCCAAGUAUACUUUGUGGGGGGGGGGGAGGAAAAUGGGAGUAUCUAUUAUUUCUAAUAUUUUAAUGCACCUUAUAUUUUUGUUCUUUUCCUUAGUUUGAUUUCUUGUUCUUUGGUGUCAGAUUUAUUUCCCUUUUCGUUUGGUACUUAUUUUUUUUGUGUAGGUCUAUCCCAAGUAUACUUUGUGGGGGGGGGGGAAGGAAAAUGGGAGUAUCUAUUAUUUCUAAUAUUUUAAUGCACCUUAUAUUUUUGUUCUUUUCCUUAGUUUGAUUUCUUGUUCUUUGGUGUCAGAUUUAUUUCCCUUUUCGUUUGGUACUAUUUCGAAAGGAUUUUCUGAUCAUGUGAUUUGAGACAUCCUUAGAAACAGCCUUGAGCGAAGCUAUUUUGCAGAUGAUUAGAAAAUACACUUUCUUUGAUAGUUAUUAUAAAACAACAAGUAAAUACAGCCUUUGAGAUCAUUUAUUAUAAGGCCUGAAUGCGUCAUCCUUGCAAUUAAGUCGCAGAAUUUUUAAAUAAUUUUUUUUUCGUUAAUUAAUGGAGCGAGAGUUCCAUUUUUUCUGGUCAAUAGAAAAUAAGUUGUUCACACAAUUAAUUGUAUUUUUUACUUAAAAUAAGUUGUUCACACAAUUAAUUGUAUUUUUUACUUAAAAUAAGUUGAUCACACAAUUAAUUGUAUUUUUUACUUAAAAUAAGUUGUUCACACAAUUAAUUGUAUUUUUUACUUAAAAUAAGUUGUUCACACAAUUAAUUGUAUUUUUUACUUAAAAUAAAUUGUUCACACAUUUUUGGUCAUGUUUCACUUACAAUAAACUCUUCACAAAUUUUUUUUCGUCAUAACAUUUUUUUAUGUAGCAUUUUAAAAAUCUAUUCCGAAGCUAAAAAACAUAAAUAUAAACUUUAGGCGCCACCCAUCUCUUACAUAUUUGGCUUCUGGUGUAUCCUGCUCCUUUUCACAACCAGCCCCCCCCCACCCCCCCGCGCCCAACUUACUCAACAUGUUUUAUAUUAAGAGUACUGAGUGGGGUAGAGGGCUGUAGAGCAGCGCGCGUCAUGCGUAACUGCUGAAAUCAAGUUAAAAAAAAAGGUUAAAUUAUUUUGGAUGAUACUAUUAUAUUAAUCUAUAAUGAGCCACGAGUAUGGCGUAGGACUGUCUGUAGGACUGUCUCUAGGACUGUCUGUAGGAUUGUCUCUAGGACUGUCUGUAGGACUGUCUCGAGGACUGUCUAUAGGACUGUCUAUAGGACUGUCUCUAGGACUGUCUCUAGGACUGUCUGUAGGACUGUCUCUGCGACUGUCUGUAGGAGUAUUGUUUAAAGACCGGCAGGAAGGGUUUAGGACCGCCUGUAUGACCAUUGUUUAUAGAAAAUGAGAAGUUCUUUUUUUUCUUUUUUUUUCUUUCUUUUUUUUUUUUUUUUUUUUNGACUGUCUCUAGGACUGUCUGUAGGACUGUCUCUGCGACUGUCUGUAGGAGUAUUGUUUAAAGACCGGCAGGAAGGGUUUAGGACCGCCUGUAUGACCAUUGUUUAUAGAAAAUGAGAAGUUCUUUUUUUUCUUUUUUUUUCUUUCUUUUUUUUUUUUUUUUUUUUUGGCCCCCCUCCCCCCCUUUUCUUUUUUUUUUUUUUUUUUUUUUACCUUUUUAAAAAAAAAAAAAAAAAAAAACUGCCCCCAGAUUAGCCCUGGUAUACUUUACUACGCAAAAAGAGUCAAACUUUAGACCCGCCCCCCCCCUCCAUUUUGCUUUAUCUGUACUUUUUUUGACGACAUUCCCUAUCUGUACGUACAUUUAGAUCUCUUACCCCACAACUUUUGUAUACAAAGUAUAUGAACGUAAAAUUAAUUAUUAAUACAUUUAUUUCUAAACUAUUUCGAAGCUUAUAAGAGGAUUAUAAGAGGACAUAUUGUAUAUCAUGGAUUCCACAGAUUCUAGGCGACGGUUCAUAAGACAUAUUAGAGACUGUCAUAUUUGCAGGAUGAUUAUUGAAGAAUUUAUGCAAAAAUGUACGUACUUUCUGCCAAGAUAAACCCCUUACCCACUCCACCCCGCCAUACGCGCCCGUAAGCAAAAUCUCCAAAUUCAACAACCCCCCUUUACCUCAGUGCAUAAUUAAUAAAUUGAUUUUAAAGUUAGGUAACUGUUUCAAUAAUAAAUGCGAUGAUUAAUUCAAAUGGUAGCUUCCCUUGGCUGCAGUCAUCACCUAUAGAUUUAAUUGGACAUUCUGCUUGAGUGGUCCAUAUGCGCACCAACUUGUUUCCCUUGACUAGAAGUUGAAACAAGGUGAUUACAUGUAGUACAUCUUGUCUUCACAGGCAGAGUCCAUGUACCACAGCUCCUUCCAGGGAUUCGCUAGUCUUCCAGAAGGUUCCAGUGUGGACAGCGAGCAGGUCAGGGGUCAACUGCACAACGCACACAACGACUACAUCCUUAAGAUACGGGCAGCCAACAGGACGGUGGACGAGUUUAACUCUUUCUUACCUCAGAUUUUAGAGGUCGGGAGAGGUCAUCACUCUCUUUCUCUGUCUUCUUUCUCUUUCUGAUCUCUCUCUUCUCUCUCUCUCUCUUUUCAUUCUCUCUUCUCUCCCUCUGUCUCUCCCUCUGUCUGUCUCUCCCUUCUCACGCUCUCUCUUCUCUCCCUCUCUCACUCUCUACUUUCUCUCUACUUUUUCCUUCCCUUUUCUCUCUCUCUUCUUACUCUCUCACUUCUCUCUCUACUCUCUUUCUUCUCACUCUCCAUUCUCUCUCUACUCUCUCUUUCUUCUCUCUCUUCUUUCUCUCUUCUCUUUCGCUUUCUCUUCUCUCUCUUUUCUCUCUAAAUUCUCUCUCUAUUUUCUCUCUCUAUGUCUGUCUCCCCUUUUCUCUGUCUGUCUCUUCUCUCUCUCCCAAUCUCUCUCUGUCUCUUCUCCCUCUAUCUUUUCUAUCUCUCACCCUUCUCACUCCCUCGCUCCCUGCAUGUCUGUCUCUCUCGCUUUCUCUCUCUCUCUCUUUCUUUCUCUCUCUCCGUCUGCUUGUGUCUGUUUAUGUCGAGUAAGAGGUGUAAUAGAUCAUUGUUGCAACAGUCCAUGCUCGACUCAUAGCUGACUUCAUACAAAUAUUGAAGAAUCGUUGUGAUUGUCUAAACGCAAUGUAACGUUGAUAUAUAUAUAUAUAUAUAUAUAUAUAUAUAUAUAUAUAUAUAUAUAUAUAUAUAUAUAUAUAUAUAGAGAGAGAGAGAGAGAGAGAGAGAUAUAGAUAGAUUAGAUAGAUGAUAGAUGGCGAAGCUCUACUUACCAUUUUAACUUUAAAGCCUGCAAGAUAAAUAGGAACAACUAUGAGUGAGCAACAUGUUAAAAUUGCUCACCGUUUUGAGCCCUGUGUGUACACACGUACACUUUUCGUUAAUACAAAAANUAUAUAUAUAUAUAUAUAUAUAUAUAUAUAGAGAGAGAGAGAGAGAGAGAGAGAGAUAGAUAGAUUAGAUAGAUGAUAGAUGGCGAAGCUCUACUUACCAUUUUAACUUUAAAGCCUGCAAGAUAAAUAGGAACAACUAUGAGUGAGCAACAUGUUAAAAUUGCUCACCGUUUUGAGCCCUGUGUGUACACACGUACACUUUUCGUUAAUACAAAAAUAAUUCCAAUUUGUUGUUCAUCCGGUAUUUUUUUAUAUAGGUAUAUUCCGCAUGUCCCAGUUCAAACACAACCAACUCUUUGUUACUUGUAAAGUAACCUACCAACACUCGACCAAUCGCAUGUUUCUGUAUUAAAUGAACUAUCUAGCCAGCUUCACGCUGUAUUAAAUUAUGUUCUCUGUUACUUAUUUUUUUUUAAAAUAUUUGAAAAUAUUGCAUGACCAUUUCUGACAUUCCAGGAACUGGAAGAGAUCUAUAUCGACACUGGUAACACCAUCAACGUGGCCAUUGAAAGUCAUGCUCUGCUACUGCUCACCAAGGUACGCACACACUUGGAGUUUGUGACUCAAAUACAUUCAAAGUUUGUUGUUGUUAUAAAUCCUUUAUACUUUAUAUUAACCUCGCUUUUGUUCGUGGCUUGCAAAAUCCUGGGACGGCUCAUUGGCCCACUUCCUGUCAACCUAUCGAGCUGAAACUUUGCACAUAGUCUCGUUUGCCAAUGACAGCACAUUCUAACAAAAUUUUUAGCCCCAACUCUCAAAAAUCACCAUUUCCUGUUUUUCAAAGAGAAGAUGAAGGAAAUAUAAUGACACUGAUUUCAUGAAAUAAAAUUUCCGACAACUGCGCUAAAUAAGAUUCUUUUAAAAAAAAAAUAAUAAAACCGCAAUUAUGAAGGAUUGAUUACAGAGAUUGUGUUUGUACGGGCUGUUUAGUUUAAGUUUUUACAAUGAACAAGAAUGCUGGGCUAAAACCUGAAAGGUAAUUGAAGUCGAAACAGUAUGAAAAUAUGCUCUACUCUCCUUAAAUGCCGUAAACUUGUUUAUGCAUUGGCGUAGUAUUUCACUUAACAGUGUACACUUAUAGGCUAAAUACAUUAGGGAGUGCAUUAUAAAUGGAUGUUAGAAUUUAUCAUUGCAUCCCAUGAGUAGUGAGUUUAUCUUGGCUGUUUGGGGGUGGGGGGAUAUAAAUAUAAAUAAUUUAUUAGAUUUAUUUUUUUGCCGUGUUUUCCAGUUUUUUUUUUUUUUCCUUACCAAAUAUAAUCUAAGGGGAGUAAUAAUUCAUUACCAAGCUUUGCUAACAAAUUAUGAUUCUGCCCCUUAAAAUGUCCCAGUUUUAUAAUUUAUUAGAUUUAUUUUUUUGCCGUGUUUUCCAGUUUUUUUUUUUUUUCCUUACCAAAUAUAAUCUAAGGGGAGUAAUAAUUCAUUACCAAGAUGUGCUAACAAAUUAUGAUUCUGCCCCUUAAAAUGUCCCAGUUUGUGUCAAUGCCUCGGGGAAAAAAAACAGGAAAUGUGACUACUUUUUAGAAAUACUUCUGUCUUUGUUUUCCAUCAAUGCCUUUGAACUGACCUAAGGCCGCAAACGUUACCACAGAGGUCGCCACAUAGGUUAAAUUUGAGGUGUUCUUAAAUUAGGCCAUCGUGAAUUUCAACAACAAAAGCUAUUCAUUGCAGGCCCAACACCUUUGUAAGAUAAAAAUGAGUUUACAAAAGUGUCUUUUCACGACGAUGUCUAUUUUUAAACAUGUCUCAGGACCGAUUCCUGACGAUAGAUCGUGACGUGAGUAUUAAAUCUUCUAACCAGGCCGAUGAACAACACAAGCGGUACGAGGACCAGCUGAAGACGUGUAAACUGGUCAGUCCUCACCAGGACAUCAGCUUCUUCGUCAGGGCCACGGUUGGCGAUAACGUGACCUUGAACGCACCAAUACCUCAUCAGGUGUUCAAGCCAGCCGUGGCGCUAACAGCAGACGUCCAGGUACGUUCUAUACUCAAUACCCUUAACAACAUCCAGGUUUGUUCUAUACUCAAUACCUUUAAAAACGUCCAAUUAUGUUCUACACUUAAUACCUUUAACAACGGCCAGGUAUGUUCUGCACUUAAUACCUUUAACAACGUCAAGGUAUGUUUUACACUUAAUACCUUCAACAACGUCGAGGUAUGUUCUAUAUUUAAUUCCUUUAACAACAUCCAGUUAUGUUCUAUACUCAAUACCUCAAAUACUUUUUUAUUUAAUGAUCACUUUUGUUGUACAUAUAUUGAAGAUGAACUAUUUCUUACGUCAUAGGUCGAUCUAGAAAUGCUCGAACAUCCAUCCUUUGGUUCUCAAUUUAACUAUACGAUAUUUGAAACAAGUGUUUUAAAAAAUCAUCUUAAAAUAAUGGAAGAAACCCCAUAGUCUUAAACCCGCUAUAUCCGUUUAAUUCAGCGGUUGUAAAUUUGUGGGAUGCGACCCCCUUAGGAGUCGAACGACCCUUACACCGGGGUCGCCUAAGACUAUCGAAAAACACGUAAAUAUAAAGUAGCAACGAAAAUAGUUGUAUGUGUGUGUGUGUGGAAGUUCACCACAACAUGAGGAACUGUAUUAAAGGGUCGCGGCAUUAGGAAGGUUGAGAGCAUGUGCGCCCGCAGAUAGGGGCAAGGUGGGGCACUUGCCACCCCCCCCUGGAUUUAUUGGAUAAAAAAAAUUAGACAAAAAUAGACAAAAAAUCUAUUAAAGUAAAAAGAAAAUAAAGAGAAAGUAACUAAGCUGAUGUCCUGUCCGUUCGUUCACCAUACAAAUACGCUACAGUAAAUUAAAACUAUAUUAAAACAUUACUAAAAAAUUUUUGCCCCCUCCCCCGGAAAGUUAAUCGAUUUUUUUUGCCCCCUCCCCCCUAGAAAGUUUUGUGCGGGUGCCCAUGGUUGAGAGCCACUGAUUUAAGUUUUGUCACUAAUUGUAUUGCCAGCAAACCCUCUGUAACCAGCUGAUCUACGACCGGCUGACUGAGGAGAACGUUGUCAGAAAACGAACUCAGCUCCAGUCACAAGGGAUGGGGAUCGCCAUCAGCAUGAAACAGAACCAGGACAUCAUAGCGACCCUCAGCAACGUCUGCCAAAGGUAG